GGAAUCCGCAAUUCUCCCCAGGCCUUCAACAAAACGCCUUUCAGGAUUUUGUGACCCAACAUGGACAACUACACCUAAAAGAUGUAAUAAACGAAAAGGGAAUCAUCCCAAUUACAGAACUUAUACCUACACCCACGCACUCAGCAAUGCUAAUUUACAAAUACACACAGCUCUCACACUAUAUCUGGACACAACCAGACCUCUCUCAGGGAACCAGACCCCUGACUGCAUUUGAAUCACUAUCCACUAUGAAGACCCUACAAAAGAAACACAUUACCAUUUUUUACAAGAUCCUACAGACAGAAACGGAAGACCAUAUCCCUGAAUUUACAAAAUCCACACUAACACACGACAAAUGGGGAACAAUAUUUAGAAACAUCUUUAAGUCAUCUA